UCUACAAUUUGCCUUUUUUUUUCUAGUAUAUCCAAGACACUGGAGAGAUACCACAUAUGCAAUUACUCCAACCUUGAAGCUGGCCAAUCUUCAACCGAUUCUCAGAAUAGCUACCAGGAAUAUACGAAGCUGAAAGCAAGAGUGGAAGUGCUACAACAGUCUCAAAGGCAUAUCCUUGGAGAAGACUUGGGACAAUUAAACAUAAAAGAGCUGGAACAGAUUGAACGCCAACUGGAUUCAUCUUUGAGGCAAAUAAGGUCAAGAAGGACGCAAAACAUGCUUGAUCAACUUUCUGAUCUUCAACAAAAGGAACAAUCUCUUCUUGAAAUCAACAGAUCCUUGAAGAUAAAGUUGGAUGAAAACUAUGUAGCCUACCAACCUCAUUGGGAUACUGCUCAACCUCAGGAGUUCUUUCAGCCUCUGCAGUGCAACAAUACAAUGCCAAACAGGUACAAUCAAGCGCCAGGGGAUAACAUAGAACCAUCAACACAGAAUGCUACUGGUGUUUUACCUGGAUGGAUGAUUUGAUGGUUGGAGCUAAAGGGGAAUCAAAUUCACUUACCUUUUACAAGCAAUUAAGUUAAUGCAGUUCGAGAUUGGAAAAGAAAAAUUAAUAAAUGUAACUUCUCCCAUACAUACAAUUGAAGUUUCAGACUUUCAAAAGACUACUGCUGGCAUGACUUGUAAACUAAUGAGUAUGGAAAGCAUAACGAUAUAUGUCAUGUAAUAAGUCAAAUUACAUAUUUUGUUUUAAUUUAGACUCGUUUUGUUCU